AUGUCUGGAACCUACAAGCCCACUGAGCACGGCGGUCUCAAGGAGGACGGAACUCCUGACAAGAGAGUCGGAACUGGUCAAUUCGCGCAGGGCGCUGUCGAUCCCCACGAGGCUGGCAAGCAGGGCGGCCAGGCUGGUGGCAGCUCUGAGGGAUCUACUGGCUCUUCUGGUGGCUCUUCCGGCGGCAACGGUCAGUUCGCCGGCGGCAAGGUCGAUCCAGUUGAGGCCGGAAAAAGGGAGGCCAGACCUCUCACUAAGUGCAUACCGUCGAGGAUCACUUCUUACGAUACCAUGGCUAUAUCAUAG